GACGCACCGGAUCCACCGGAACCGCCUUCAGCCUGCAGGAACCAGCAGGACACGCGUUCCUUCAGGAAGAAGAAGAAGAAGCGCGCGCGAGAGGAGGAAGCUGCACUUGUUUACAUGUUAUUUGUCCCUGAAGCCGGCGUCAGCUGUUUCCUGUCUCUCCGCCCCAGAGUCGGGGAGUCAGGAAGCCCUGGAGGGUCAGAGGUCAGAGGUCAGAGCGAUGCUGCAGCUGUGCCAGGUGACCAGCGCGCUGUUCAUCAGCAACGCGCGCUCGGCCUGCAGCGACGAGCUCCUCCAGCAGGCGGCGGUGACGCUCUGCAUCAACGUGUCGCGGCGCCAGCCGUUCCCCGGCUCCGCCGCCGUGGCCAAGCUGCGCGUGCCGGUGUACGACGACCCGGCCGAGGACCUGUACGCCCACUUCGACCGCUGCGCCGACGCCAUCCAGAGGGAGGCGGAGCUCGGGGGCCGCGGCGUCGUGUACUGCAAGAACGGGCGCAGCCGCUCGGCCGCCGUGUGCGCCGCCUACCUGAUGAAGCACCGCGGGCUGUCGCUCGGCGCCGCGCUGCAGAAAGUGAAGACGGCUCGUCAUGAGAUCGACCCGAACUCCGGCUUCAGGUGUCAGCUGCAGAGAUACGAGCAGGAGCUGAAGAAGAGACGAGGACGGAGAGAGAGAUAGAGAUAACGAGAGAGAGAGAACGAGAGAGAGAGAUAGAGAUGGAGAGAGAGAGAGAGAACGAGAGAGAGAGAUAAUUAAUUAAUUCCACUUCCUUUAAGAGAAUAAAACAGGAUUAAAAAUGGCAAAAUAAAAAGAAUAAAGCAAAGAAUUGAGACUUUAAUUAAAGAACAUUAAUAAGAGAAUAAGGCACUUAAUAAUAAUAAUAAUAGUAAGUUUAAGUAAGCACAGUGUUUAAACGCUCCAUAUGUAAAGUAGUUUAUUCAAGACUUUAGUUGCCAUGACAACAUGUACACUUAAAGACUGAGACAAGAGCUUUUUCUUUUUUACAUUUGUGCUCGGAGAAUAUUUAUUUAUCGUAAUAUAUAUGUAUAUAUUCAGAUUCAAUUUAUUGUCAUUGCAGAGUACAAGUACUAAGACAACGAAAAGUAUUGAGCAUCUGACCAGAGUGCAAAAGAGAAGCAGGAGUAAAGUGCAUUGCAGUAUGUGAAUAAAUACAAUGCUGGACAAUAUAAAUAAU